AUUUUGUGUAAACGUAGGCGAACUAUAUUUUACAGGUGCUCGCUCAAUGUUAUGAGUAAAUAGGACAGACCAAAACAAUCCAUACUUGGGAUAAAUUAUCAGAAAUUACGUCUGAAGAAAAUUACGUCAAACCUUAUGAAUAUUUAGUAAUAUUUGGAUAAAUUUGAGUUGAAUAUGAUCACUAUGGGUCCAUGACUCAUGACUCUGAUUUUUAGCUUUGGUAAACAACACAAUUUUCCUCGACAAAGGAUUUAGUUGGCCCAAAGAAACAGCUGAUAAAUAAAAAUGGCGUGAAUUUUUUGACACAAUGGAGAAUUUGGGAGAAUAUGAGUACAGCAAGAAAGACCUCAUUGGGCAUGGGGCAUUUGCAGUUGUAUUCAAGGGAAGAUAUAAAGAGAAGCCCAGCCAGUCUGUAGCCAUCAAAAGUAUAACAAAGAAGAAUCUUGCAAAGUCACAGAAUCUCCUCAGUAAAGAGAUAAAGAUACUGAAGGAACUCUCCAGUCUUCAUCAUGAUAAUGUGGUUGCCCUGUUGGACUGUAAGGAAACCACCAACCAUGUAUACCUUGUCAUGGAGUACUGCAAUGGUGGGGACUUGGCAGAUUAUCUGCAAGUUAAAGGGACGCUUAGUGAGGAUACAAUCUCUCUAUUUCUCAAACAAAUUGCUGGUGCUAUGAAGGCGCUGACCUCGAAAGGAAUCGUCCAUCGGGACUUGAAGCCACAAAAUAUUUUGCUGACUCACAGUGGCAAACACAACCCACCACCCAACAAGAUGAAGUUGAAAAUAGCUGACUUUGGGUUUGCAAGAUUUCUUCAAGAUGGGGUAAUGGCUGCAACUCUGUGUGGAUCUCCCAUGUAUAUGGCACCAGAGGUAAUUAUGUCCAUUGCAUAUGAUGCCAAGGCUGAUCUGUGGAGUAUAGGAACUAUAGUGUUCCAGUGUUUGACAGGCAAAGCACCCUUCCAAGCACAAACCCCCCAACAGUUGAAACAUUUCUAUGAGAAAAACUCAAACCUAUCGCCAAACAUCCCAAGCAGUACAUCCCCAGAGCUUAAAGACCUCCUGUUGAAACUUCUUAAGAGGAAUGCUAGAGAUCGCCUUGAUUUUGAUGAGUUCUUCAAGCAUCCAUUCUUAAACAAGUCACCAGUCAGCAGUAAAACAUCGUCUCCAGUGCCUGUUCCAUUGCGCUCUCGUAAUGCAAGCAAUUCUUCAGAUUCUCCCAGUGUUAAAACUCUUACAGGGUCUCCUCUCUCAGAGAAUCUUCAGCCAUCUCACUCUAGUCCAAGCCUACGUAAAGCAGUGUUAGGGUUAAGGGAAGGGAGCCAAUCCCCAAAGGAGACAUCAGGGUUCCUGCAUGUAAAACGCAAUAACAGCAUUCCAUCUUCUCCCAAAGAUACAGAAGAGGACUAUGUGCUAGUCCCUGAAAACUUACCCACUAAUAUAUCCCCUGAAGGUAGAAGAAAGAGUCCCAUAUCAUUUGCUGCAAUAUUCAGUGACAAUCAUUCUGGGUACAUCCCACCCCAGAAAACAGUGCGCGUAAACUCUGGCGAUGUCUCUAGUCCUACGCGUCCCAGCUCCCUGCCUGUGCAGAGCCCCAAAGGAUCUCCGGGUAGCCAGCCAAUUCCUGUUCCUUCACAUAGAGUGCAAGUUUCUAGAUCCCCAAAAGCUUCUAGAUCCCCAGUUUUUGGGAAGAGCCCGUCAACACCUGCUAUGAAAGUUGGCAACAUGUCACCCAAAUCACCGAACCAGUGUCUGCCACGUCAGUCUUCUGAGUCUCGUCUGUCAACAGGAAGUACUGCAUCGGGGGUGGGUUCCAUGACGCCCCCAUCUGUCAGCUUUACUGUUGGCACGCCCCCUAGUGGUAGCUGGAAGCGACAGAGCACUCCACCAUCUAUGAGACGUCAGAGUAGCACAACGCCACCUAGUGAGUCACCACUUAGAAGUAAUGGGUCACCACAUAGAAGUAAUGGGUCACCACAUAGAACAAGACAUGAAAUGUCAAGCCCAAAGCCCCUUAUGGUGACGUGCUCCAAUGCUGGGAACCCUUUGCCCACAAUAGCUGGGUCACCUAAUAAACUCGUUCAUAGACUUAGCUUCCCGGAUGUAUCAGGUGUUAGCCCCACUCAGCCACUUCAAGUCCCCUUUGGGGGUGCGAGAAAUGUCACAUGUCCCGAUGUUGGAGGAAUGGCCAACUUUGGUGAAGGUGUUAGGGGUAACGGUAACCAUGGUAAUGGUAACCAUGGUAAUGGUCACCAUGGUAAUGGGAACAGGAAUGUUAUGUUACGUGCCAACACAGAACCAGUGUCACUCACCCAACAUCCUGCGUUGCGAGCACAGGCCGGUGCACUCCCUGCCCAACUGACAUACAGCCCCCCUGCAACAUUCAUGGUGCCCUAUAGCACCCCUCCAACUGAUACAAGGGAACGAAGGCCCUCUGUUGCGGGUCGUGUUAGAACUGAAUCUAUGGGUAGUCAUCAUAGUAAUGAAACCCCGCCUACCUCAUUAACAUAUGCCCAGUCACCUCCUAAUAUGGAAGGCCCUGUGGCAUUCUCAGCCCCUGAACUCGCAGAAGAAAUUCUCAUGGACCCAGAACAUAAUGAGACAAUGUCCAAGCUGAACUUCAUUGUGGCAUUGGUUGAUUGCAUCAUCGAACUUGCCCAAUCUAGGAGUACACCAUUGACCCAGUCAGUCCAGUCUAAACCAGGUGAGACAGUGUCUUGGAGCAGUGAGGGAGAACGACGUGUUGAGCAAUUAGUUCUCUAUGUACGUGUGCUACAACUCUUGUCUUCAUCUCUACAACUUGCCAAACAACAAAUCAAAGCACGAAGACUCCAAACAUCGACAUCACUCAAGACAGUUGUCAAGGAGAUGAGUGAGAAAUAUCACACCUGUUUAAAAAUGUGCAAGUCAUUACACAACAAGGGAGUAACUCAAGUUGAUGGAAUGGACCCGGAAAGUCUGGCUGUUACAGCUGAUAAACUCAUUUAUAACUAUGCUAUCGAAAUGUGCCAGAGUGCAGCUUUGGAUGAGAUAUUUGGCAACCCAUCAGAAUGUUUCCACCGCUACCAAUGUGCUCAGAUAUUACUACAUAGUCUGGCUCAGCAAGCUAGGAAUGACAACGACAAAGAACUUCUGAACAAAUACAAAGAGGCAGUAGAGAAAAGACUAUACAGUUUACAGGGCCAGGGACUUUAUUAUUGUGAGAGCUGACAGGAUGCAGUAUAGGACCGAAAACUCUUAAGGACUCAAAAUACUACAGACUUUUGUUACUUUUGCUUUGUUGGUGCUAAAUUUUUGGAACAUUGGGAUUGCUGGGACGGAAUGGCCAGAUUGUGCUGAACAUUUUUUUAUUUAUUGAAGCAAAACUAAUGCAAAUGUCUAGAUUUUAGAAUGUCUAGAUUCUCUAGGUUCUCCGGCCUAUUAACAGACAAAAGCUUAUUCAUUCUUUGGUCAUGUUAAUAGUAUGUGAAGUGAAUGACAUCAUAUUUUAUUGUACAUCAUAUCCUAUAUAGCAGUUGAACUAAUAUGCUUUGAAGUGCAUGCACUUACGUGAAUAGAGGUCUGUCAUGUAGAUAGAGUCUUGAUUGGGAAAAUGACCAAGAUAUUAUAGACACUGAAAAGCCUUUCUGCCUACUGCAACAUCAAUAUUGCAUUAUG